AUGCAGAGCCUUGGCAAGGAAAACCACAGCUCUGUGUCCGAGUUCAUUCUCCUUGGCUUCUCCAGUGAGCCACAGGUCAGAAUGGCCCUGUUCACCUUCUUCCUCCUUCUCUACCUCAUCACUCUUCUGGGCAAUGGACUCAUCAUCAUCUUGAUCUACCUGAACUCACACCUCCACACACCCAUGUACUUCUUUCUUAGUAUCCUCUCCUUGGUGGACAUGAGCUAUGUCACCACCACUGUGCCCCAGAUGUUGAUUAAUAUGGUGUGCCCGAGAAGGACCAUCUCCUGGGGAGCUUGUGUAGCCCAGAUGUUCAUCUUCUUGUUCCUGGGCAUUGCUGAGUGUGUCCUCUAUGCCAUCAUGGCCUAUGACAGGUACGUUGCCAUUUGCUUUCCCCUUCACUAUACCCUACUCAUGAGUCGUCCCAUUUGUAUCAAGAUGGUCUCAGCCUGUUGGUCCAUUAGUGUAGCUGGGGCCCUGAUCUACACCAUCUUUACCAUGCGUCUGCCUUAUUGUGGCCCCCACAAGAUAAACCACUUCUUCUGUGAAGUCCCUGCCGUCCUGAGGUUGGCCUGUGCAGACACAUCCCUCAAGGAUCAGUUGGACUUCAUCUUGGGUUUCAUCCUGCUUUUGGUCCCACUCUCCCUCAUCCUGGCCUCUUAUGUUCGCAUCUGCCUCAUCUUCAGAAUCCACACAUCCCAGGGGAGACUCAAGUCCUUCUCCACAUGUGCGUCCCAUGUCACUGUGGUCACCAUGUUCUAUGGGCCAGCCAUGAUCAUGUACAUGAGGCCUGGCUCCUGGUAUGACCCAGAGAGGGACAAGAAGCUGGCAUUGUUCUACAAUGUUGUCUCUGCCUUUCUCAAUCCCAUUAUCUAUAGCCUCAGGAACAAGGAUGUAAAGGAGGCCUUUCUGAAAGUGCUUAGAGACAGAGGGAUAGCUCAAUUACCCAGAAUGUUUCAGAGUUGUCCAUAG